AUGGUGGCACAAGGCCGCUUGCUGUGUAUCCAAAAUCACUUGGCCAUGGUUUGUGAUGGCCUUUGGGCUAUCAAUUCAAUGAUCGAAAUCCCUGAGAUGGGAGUGCUGUAUAACUAUAUUUGGCAUCAUCGUUUUAAUUCGCCUUUAGAUGUUCCUGUAGAAUUUGCAGAUUGGGUGACAGAUGUGGCUACAGCAGUUAUAGAUGUGGGAGAGUUGCUCAGUCGAAUCAUGGAUUGGGAAGCAAGUUUGCACUUUCGCCAUGUUAUUCUAGUGGAGCUGAAAGAGAUGUUGCGCGACUUGAAUUCUCUUGUGCUGAGAGGAUCUGCAAUGGGUCUUCCAAGGGACCCUAUGGGUUCUAUGAACCCACUCCGAGAAGACUACUCAAUUGUCUUAAAAAAUGAGGUGGUGGGCAGACAUGAAGAUCUAGAGAAACUCAUUGAAAUCUUUCAACAACAACAACUAGUACCAUCUAACAACAAUGGCGAUGAUUACAACCCCUUUGUUAUUGUCAUAGAUGGCGAAGAAAGGGUUGGGAAGACGACCUUGGCAUAUAUGAUCUACCACCACACUUGGGUUCGCCAACAAUUUCAUCAUCGCAUUUGGGUGGAUCUACCACUCAGUGUUUCGACACUCAAGAUGAUUAAUAUUAUCGGAAAAGAAUUUGCAAAGUCCAUAAACAAUGAAGAAUAUUGUGAUCAGAAAUUACACCUAGAGCUGCUGUUACAAGCCAUGUGGGAAUAUAUUAAUGAACAACUCGAUGGGAGUAGAUACUUGUUGGUGCUUCAUUGUCUAGAUUUGAAUAGAUUGAUCUCGCAACCAAAAUGGAGUGAGUUGAAGAACAUCCUGUUGCGUGUGGGCGGGCCGGGAAGUGCAGUCUUAGUCAUCCUCAAAUCAUCAACACAAUCAGUGAGUGAUAUGAGUUUUCAAAAUGAGGUGAAGGAUAUUACAACAUACUGCUUGAAACCUUUAUCUGAUGAUGCAUGGCUAGAAUUAUUCAAGAGACACGCAGCAAUGAUAAUCCCCCCAUCAAAGCGGGACAUAGUAUUCAAGGGCGGUACAUUUGCUAUGCCACUCUUCCAAUUGGUUGGUCAAACUUUUGGGGCAAAGUUUUGGGGAUCGUUAGGCCAUAGUAUUCAAGUAGAAGAUCUCUUUCCUUGUGAAAUAAAAGACAUUCAUAUGGUUAGGAAUUUUCCAUUUGCCAUCGUACGAUUACUCCAAUACCAUUAUUUACUUGAUAAGGAUUAUAAUGUCAUCUUACACAUGUUGACCGCGGAAGGCCUCAUACCAGUUGAAGGCCUCUCUCCAGGUUGGACUGAGAUCUAUGAGAGAUUUCAUUAUGGAAGAGUAUCAACAUUCUGUUUUCCAAGGAAGGUAUAUUUGCAUAGGAAGGUUCCAGGAGAUUCAACUAGUAUUCCAAGGUGCUGUCGCUAUUUGCAUUUGGAAAUUAAUCCUAGAGCGAUACCAUUUCGACUGCCGACCAUGCCAGUUGAGGUGAGCAAGAAGAUGAUAGCGUUGAUUUUACGAGAAGAUGAGGCAACGACACAAGAAGAUAUUGCAGAAAUGACAUUUCAAGUAUACAAAAAAAGGCGAACCAAAGCAGCAACUGCAAUAUCGAAGUUCCUCGACAAGAUGUCGGUAAGACUCGUACAUUUGCAUAUAUUAGUUGUAGAAACUAGUAUGAUCCAAUGCCUACCAAAUGAAAUUAGCAAAUUGGUUAGCUUGAGAUACCUCCAUCUUUCAAAGCUUGAGAUAGAAUUACUUCCGAAAUCACUUUUUGACCUACCUAAUUUGCAAAUUUUAAGUUUGCUUCAUUGCAAAAAUCUUCAAAAGAUGCCUGGACGAAUCCAUAAGCUUAAGAAGUUGAAGAUUUUAAAACUAGCUUAUUGCACAAAGCUUCAGCAGUUACCAAGAUCUAUAACAAGAAUCAAAAACUUGGAAGAGCUUAAUGUGGAAGGUUGUUGUUUUUUGAGGAAGCUACCGGAGGAUUUGGUCAGUUUUAAAUCACUGAGAAUCCUCAACGUUGCAGGAUGUGCAUCUUUGUCUCAAAUUCCCCAUGGGAUUGAGCAAUCAAUUGGCCUUCGUAAGUUGUCAAGAAUAUUUGUUGGUGUCAAUGAAGGUUUUGUUCUCACACAGUUGCAAGUUUUAACAAAUCUUCAGGAAAUAAGAUUACAAAACCUAGAACGAGCAGAGGAGAUUCAAAUUGAAGUGCUGAUGGGCCAACAAAGUCUUUGGGACUUGUCAUUACAUUGGGGUGGUGAAAAAAAAGAAGAAAGUUCUGAAUCAACUACAUCACUGCAGGUACUCGAAGCUCUUCGACCCAGCUUGCAGCUAAAAAGGCUAGAGAUCAUUUCUUAUAAGGGAGUGGAAUUUCCUACUUGGAUGAGUAAACAACAACUUGCUGGUUUCAAUUCUUUAGUUGAGGUCAGACUCAUCAAUCUCAAGAGGUGUGCUACGUUACCAUAA